AGUAGUCACGCAUCUUCUACAAAUCCGCGUAACCUCGUUUUCCGUUCCGUCGUUACCUCUUCAUAUAUUUUUCUCUUUGCUCUCUCUCUAUAUAUAUAGGAAACGGCAUUGUUACUCUCUCUCUCCGCUGUCGAUAUCCCUUUUGGGUUGUCAUUUACUAUCCUGCCGAUCAGAGCAAAAGGUUCAAGACGUCCCACCUCCUUCGCACUCUCGCGCUGCUGGGUGCCGCGGCUUUGCUUCUGAUCCUUCUCACCUCUGCCAACGCACUCCACGCAGGCGCCACAGCUGGCUGUUUCAACACUGGACGUACGCACAACAUGCCCAGCAACAACACGGACCCAGCCCCGGCUGCCACCGGCUCGAAGGUGCUGACGCUCAGUGAUGAGGAGCGCAUGGGGCGAGAAGCAGAUGAACGCUGGGCGAACCGACCACGGCCGGUGCGGCGGAUAGGCGGCAACCCUGAACUGGAGUUCAAGACGGAGGUGAUGUGUCGACUGCCCAACGGCGGCGUCGCGGACUGCGCUCGGGCGCAGUUGGAGCAGAACCGUCUACGGCGCGAAGAAGAGGCGCGCGUGAAGGCGGCGGAGCAGCAGCGGCAGGAGCAGCAGCAGCCCAAGUCGCCGGAUGAGCUGUAG